AUGGCCCACCUGAGCAUCCGGCCGGGGGCAAGCCACAACCCUACGACCGGGCCUCUGGACAUGAGGACCCCGGCCAGGUGCAAAGAGAAGAAAUAUGCUUAUGACAAGUUGCCCACGACAUCUGUUGUCAUAGCGUUUUAUAAUGAAGCCUGGUCAACUCUCCUCCGGACAGUUUACAGUGUCCUCGAGACGUCCCCGGACAUGCUGCUAGAAGAAGUCAUCCUCGUAGAUGACUACAGUGACAGAGAACACCUGAAGGAGCGCCUGGCCAAUGAGCUGUCUGGGCUGCCCAAGGUGCGUCUGAUCCGCGCCAACAAGAGGGAGGGCCUGGUGCGAGCCAGGCUUCUAGGCGCUUCCGCGGCGAAGGGUGAAGUGCUGACCUUCCUGGACUGCCACUGUGAGUGCCACGAGGGGUGGCUCGAGCCGCUGCUGGAGAGGAUCCACGAAGAGGAGUCGGCAGUGGUGUGCCCUGUGAUCGAUGUGAUUGACUGGAACACCUUUGAGUACCUGGGCAAUGCCGGGGAGCCACAGAUCGGCGGCUUCGACUGGAGGCUGGUGUUCACGUGGCACGUGGUUCCUGAGAGGGAGAGGACGCGGAUGCGGUCGCCCAUCGAUGUCAUCAGGUCCCCAACAAUGGCUGGAGGGCUGUUUGCUGUGAGUAAGAAAUAUUUUGAAUAUCUGGGGUCUUAUGAUACAGGAAUGGAAGUUUGGGGCGGAGAAAACCUCGAAUUCUCCUUUAGGAUCUGGCAGUGCGGUGGGACCUUGGAAACACACCCGUGCUCUCACGUUGGCCACGUUUUCCCCAAGCAAGCUCCCUACUCCCGCAAUAAGGCUCUGGCCAACAGUGUCCGAGCAGCUGAAGUGUGGAUGGAUGAAUUUAAAGAACUCUACUACCAUCGCAACCCCCAUGCCCGCCUGGAACCCUUUGGCGAUGUGACAGAGAGGAAGCAGCUCCGUGCAAAGCUCCAGUGUAAGGACUUCAGGUGGUUCUUGGAAAACGUGUACCCAGAAUUGCACGUGCCUGAAGACAGGCCUGGCUUCUUUGGGAUGCUCCAGAACAAAGGACUGAGAGAUUACUGCUUUGACUAUAACCCUCCCAAUGAAAACCAAAUCGUGGGACACCAGGUCCUUCUCUACCACUGUCACGGAAUGGGUCAGAACCAGUUUUUCGAGUACACGUCCCGGAAUGAAAUACGCUAUAACACUCACCAGCCAGAGGCCUGCAUUGCUGUGGACGCAGGAAUGGAUAUUCUCAUCAUGCAACUCUGCCAGGAAACUGCCCCAGAGAAUCAGAAGUUCAUCUUGCGGGAGGAUGGUUCUUUAUUUCACGUACAGUCCAAUAAAUGCGUUCAGGCUGAGAAGAAGGCCUUCAGUGACAGUUUCAUACCAUUUCUACGGCUCUGCACCAACUCGGAACAUCAGAAAUGGUUCUUUAAGGAACACAUGUAA